GAGCACAGGGACUGUACCGGGUGACUCGGUUGUCUGGUAUGUUUAUCCUUAUGGUUGGUAUAAAAUGUUAAGCUGAUACAUGUUUUACAUCAUAAACGUUGCCAUGACACAAGCCACACGGUCACUGCACCUGGAGGUAUAUAAAAAAACCAAAAAUAAAAUAAAAAAGUUUACCAAAGUGAUUAGUUACAUGAUGAUGAUCGUAGUAUAGCCUACAUAAAUGGUUGGGUUUUUUUCAAUAUUCGCGUCGGAAAUUCCACAACCGGCUUCGAAUUCCGAAUCAGAACCGGUGCCGGUUAAAAGCGGAGCAGUCUGGGCUAGGGUCCGCACUGUCAUCCUCAAAAACACGGGGGUUAGCCCCGAGAUGAGCAGUAAUGCCAAACCCCAUCUGGAAUUAUUAGACUUCAAUUGGCUUGGCGUGGAUGGAAUUCUGUAUGGUUUUAUCGCGUUACUAGCAGUUUUAAUUUGCUUGAUAUUCAUUUACAGGGAUCCAGUGCAACGUGAACUAAACGGGCUGCGUGCGUCGCUGCUGGAAGGCUUCAAUGUGUGUCGACCCCGUCUGAGUUGCUGGCAGCUUCCAGGCGCAGUGAAGCGGUUAACGGUGGUCGAGAGAAGGAAGCUGCGACGGGAACUGGCGCUCCAGAACAAGCUCAUGAGGAAGAUCCAGCACUUGGAGCAAAGGGUGCAAGCCAUGGAGGAACUGGUUAUGAACUACACGCAGAAGAAGUGCCAGCCUCUCCAUUCCCGGCGCGCCGGCAGCCUGGCCUCGCUUGGCCAAUGUCCCGAUUGUAUGGUUGAAGCAGGCUGCUCCAGUCCGGGCUUCAGCUCCGGAGAUGAGGACGAGAUGGAAAGCAGACAGAGUUUCUCAGCGUGAUGAUAAUGGCAUUGAAAAUGAAGCAAGCAGGAACUGGGAAUGCCGAAACUGCAAUAAAGGAUUCGUCGCUGUAAACGCAUUGUGCUUGAUAUUGAUGUGUA